AGGAACAGCCGCUGCAUGUAAACAAAACACAGGAACAGCUGAGCCCAGGCAGAGCACAUCUCCCUCCUCCUCCUGCAACAAAGCCUUUUCAGUGUGUUUUAUCGCUUCAUUACCUCCACCAGCCUUCACUUACCCAGCAGCCACCAUGAAUGCACAGGUUAAGCCCUUCAGGGAGCGACGGAGUUUUGCCCAGAGGCAGCGUGACGUGGAGCAGAUCCGCGAGCAGCACCCCAACAAGGUCCCGGUGAUCAUCGAGCGUUACCCCGGCGAGCGCCACCUCCCACUGCUGGACAAGACCAAGUUCCUGGUGCCUGACCACGUCACGAUGGGAGAACUGGUCAAGAUUAUUCGCCGUCGCCUCCAGCUGCACCCGACACAGGCUUUCUUCCUUCUGAUCAACCAACGCUCUCUUGCCAAUGUGUCCAGCACCCUCGCCCAGGUUUACGAGCACCACCACCACGAGGACGGCUUCCUCUACAUGGUGUAUGCGUCCCAGGAGGUGUUUGGAUAAUGCACUCCGGCCCUGCCCUUCCCUGCCCCGCCCUGCCCUGCCCUGCUGAGCGGUGGCUGGGGCGCCCUGAUGCAGCCCUCCGAGGUCGCUGUGGAGGCACCGGCCGGACGGCACUGGAGUGAGUGGCACUACACAUGGAAGGGACGAGGCUGAGGCUCGGUUGGCUUUUCCUUGCUCUUCCUUUUAUGAGAUUUUUUGUGACAACUUAAUUUUUUUUAGUUUUAAAGAUAUUUCAAUCAAAACCCAAAGUGAAGUAAUUUUAUGUUAAAUUUUGGUUAUUAGCUUAGGUUUUCAAAAUCAUGUUACCAAAUCCUUUUGUCUUAAUCCACUGGCCUUGCAGUUUUACAAAAUGCUUCAGAAAAAAAUACUUUAGGUUAUUUUAAGUGUUCAUCAAAUUAGGGUCUGUUGUGCAUCAGGUUGCUUUUAGCUAAAAAAAUUUGUUUCGAUCAUCAGAAAACUCUAAUAAAAAUAACUGCUGUCAUGUGUGGCCUUGGCGACCUUGUUUGUUGCCAGCAGUUGUAGAGGAAGUUCAGUUUGGCGUAGCAUCUAGUUUAUCUGAGUGAUGUUGACCUUCAGUGGCAUUUACCUGGAUACCACUAACAUCCCAGCACCAUCCUUGUUCAGUCUGCUUCAAAAUUGGUUCCAGUGUGUGAUUGGUUCAGUCUAUUUAUUCUCUGUGUACUACUUGAAAAAAUAGUUUCUGGAGACAGGACUAAUUACUAUUAUUAUCAGUAGUAGUAAGAAUACAGACAUUUUGGUAGACUCAUCCACCAGCGAAGAGAGAGUAGUAUACUUAUUUAUUCAUGUCAGUCAUACUUCAUUACUGCAUGGCAAAAAGGCGAUUACAGUGAUGUCACAUAACCUUCCCAUAAUUUCAAGAUGGGUGUCAAUACGAAUCAGCUGCAGGGACCAUAGAUACAACAGUGGCUUGCUCUGGGCCAGUGAUGUCAGCUCUGAGGGGGUGACAUGUAUAAGAACCCCAGGGCCUCAGGACUCGUGGGCAGCACAUGGCAGAGACAUUACCACCUUGUUAUUUUCCUUCCAUUUCUCACAGGGCCGCCUCCACCAUCUUGUAACAUAGCCUUCAUUUCCCAUUAUUACACCUGAGGAAUGUAUCGCUAGGAUAGUCCGUGGUGGGUGGUGGUGGGGGGGGGCACCCUCCCCUCCCCGUCACCCACCGUCAUACAGUAAGGUUAAGGAUCAGUGUGUGGCAAGGCCGGGCGGGCAGCGCUGUGUUCCAUGUGGAGCUGAGGUGUUUGUCCGCCCAGCCGCUUGUAUUUUGAUAUAAUGGACUGUGUGUGUGUGUGUGUCAUAAUUCCAGAGCUAUUUUAUACUGAAACUGACUUGACCACUUUUGUUCUUAACUGGUUACGAAGUGGUGUGUAGUUGUUUUUGCAUUAGAGUAAGAACUCACUUUAAAUAUAUACGUUAUGUUUUUUUGAAUUAUUGUACUUAGCAGAGGUCUGCGUAGGUGCCUAACUUUGCCUCACACCCACAAAGUUUACCCAUGUCCUACUUACAUGCUCAGUAAGCUUUGCAGUGAUAUGAACAGUGAGUAAUACUGGUAUACUAUUUGAAAGUGUAUCAGGGUACACUAUAAUAUCAAACUACUGGAGGAUUUAGUACAAGGAAAUUAUUUUCUAUAUAAAUUUGCACUGUGCGGUAGCCUUGACGUAAGAAUUCAAGAAUAAGAUGUUGUUCAUGCUAGAUGGAGUCAGAGGGCUGGCUGUGCUGGACACUACAUGUCCGUCUAAAGCAAUCCUUUAUGCUUGUAACCUUAAACAUCUGUUGCUCCCAGCCAUGAUGCGGCUGAGUGGGCCGUAUAGCAUUGCUUCCUAAAGUUUGUCCCAGAUAAUCCCUUUGUUCCACGUGCCUUCUUUCAUUCCCAGUUCACUGCUACAUGACAGGUGCAGCUCUCCUGGGUUACCUGGAUAACUGGUCAGGUUAUGGGUGUGUGCUAUAAAUAACUUUGUACCUUACAUAGAAGCUCUCGGCCCUGGGUGAUAAUAUUGAUAAAUUUUUCCUGUCAACCAGCAUGAUUGCUGUACACCUGUCCCUAUCACAUCUCUCUUAACCUGCUACCCCAAAUGACCUUCCAGUCCUGGCAAAUCCAAUCCAUUGAAUGGCCUCUUUAGUCCACCUUCACUCCUGAGCUGACCCAGCCUGCUACAGGUACACUUGCAUUUGGCCCAGAAGCUAUUUUCAAAGUCUGACUCACACCACACCCACAAUCGUUUUGCAUUGUACACCUGCACUGCUGGCUGGCCCCACCUGUGGGCCAGCCACGCAGACCUCUGGUACAUAGUAUACAUAAUUUUGUUUGCCUUUGUCUUAAAUUAUCCAGAAGUGAAUGAGUUGAUGGGUGUUAUGUGAAAGUGAGAUUUGGGCAUUUUCAGUGUCCACUGAUUAAUAGUUUUCAUCUUCUGAAUUGUGACCUAGAUAUUAGAGGAGCACACUCUAUAUAGUUGUUGUAAUAACUCAUCUCAGCAUGGUCAUGUAUAGUUUGGUGACUGUUGGUGGGAUAAUGCAGGCAUUGCUGUGCCAUGCUCCUCCUGCCCACCCCUGUAGCAAGGUCUGACCCCGCAGCACCCGGUCAGUCUUCACACGCUCGCCUCAGCUUCACGCCACUCUGGCAGGCUUCCUAACAUAUGCUGACAACCAACGUUACUCACAGGGUUAUUUAUUCCUUUUGUCGGGCUCAAGUAUAUUUCAACUAACAUGGUGAUGUGUACUUGUUUUAGUAGUUUUACUUGAUUUAUUUUCUUGUGUAAUGUGAUAAAUCUUUAUAGUAAUGCUUGAGUGCUUGGUCAAAGAGGCUCCCACCCCCCCAUCCCUUGGUUCCUUAGUGGCAGUGCUUGACAAGCUUCACUCCAUCGGUGACUAUGACUUUAAAUGAAGAUUAUAUGGACUGUUAAACUUGACACAGCAGGUAUUUUGUUGCCAUCAGCACAGUACAGAUAUUAGUAAGGCUGUGCAGCCUUAUAAGUAUGCAUGUGUUUUGACUAUUCAAGCGUCUCUAAAUCAUGUGCUCGUAGUAGGGUGUGUUUAGUUGACAGCAUCAACAAUAUUUAUUUUAAGUAGCUGUGAAGCCUUUCCUUUUACAUAUCUUUGGUUUCACUCUGUAAUGUGGGCAUAACAAAAACAAUGAUGUUCAUCGUAACCAAAUGCAAGGAUGACAAACUCCUUACCUCUGCAUGGAGGUUCUUCAAAUGCAGGAUCAUUUCAUACGACUCUAGGAAUUUGUGCUCCAGAUCACUUCAAGACCAAGGAUAUGUAGGGAUGAAAGUCAUACCCACAGAGUUAGGUAAAUAGUCAGUGAAGGGGCAGUACAGUCCUAAAUAUGUUCUAAUAGGACCACCAAGUUUCACAGGCAGGUGUCAUGCUUCUCACCUGAUGCAGAGCCUUGGGUCUGAAGCUGGCCACUGUGCUGGAAUGCGCUGCUGUGUGAUGAGCAUUACUGUGCAAUAUUGUAAAAAAGAAAAAAAAAAUUGGAAUGAGUGACAAGCGUGCUAGAUAUUUGUGUUGUCUGACGUGGCCACUUUAAAGUAGGGUCACUUAUGAGUAAAAUGCACCUUUUUUUAUAUCGCAGUAGUUGAGGGUAUUUAAGUACGAAAACAUGUAACCGUAGGUACAUGUUACCAUACCAGUGGUUACCUUCUUGAGUUAGUUUUCAGAGUUCCAAGUGAGAGUAUAUAUUAUUCCUUAACAGGCUUUGUCUUUCCAGUUGCCAAUUCUUCCCAGUGUGAUGCUGAGCUAAGAACUUGCUCAGUGUUUGCAGCACUCCCAUUUCAUAGGUGGUGGCAGGGAUCCAUGGGUGUGGUGGGUGUGCUUUCUCGAGGUUGCCAGAGAUUAUGUGGAUGAUGAAUGAUGGACUGGCACAGAGCAGCCUCGUCAUGGCCAAGUCCUGUUGUUAAGUGUAGCCAGUGAUGGCUGACAGUGUGACUUAGGCCCCGUCCGCAUGAUUGGGCACUGCCUGGCAGGCUCUGCCCUUUACUGGCAGAGUCUGCUGGCACACCUGUAUUCUCGCCCACAUGGCAGUGUCUGGCACAGUCAUAGCCAGGCAGGGCGGGUUCUCUCGGUAAGGUCAUGUGCAGCCUUACCGAGAAUUACCUCAAGAAGCUCACACUGUGUAACAUACUCAUUGUUGCUCUGUGUGUGAAAAAGAAAGGGAAGAAAGUGAAAAAAAAAGUGUCCCUGUGUCUGGCAGCAAUGUACCAUCAUGGGCAUUUUACUUGUUUGCCUGCGGGCACAAGUGGUAAGCUCAUCAACGGGCAAACUGCUCACUUGCGCCUGCAGCCACUGACCCAUUGUGUGGACGGGGCUUUAGGGGCAGAGGAUCACGUGUCCUUAUUGGCCUCUUCAUGAUGUGGUUCCAUGAUUGCCUGAGAACCUACACAUGAAGAUGUUGAAGUAACUUUAUUUUAAUAUUCAAAGAAUUUUACUGUUGUUUUGCUUGUCAGAAUGUCAAGGCCAUCAGUACAUCUAGGUGUCCCAUAGAUGUCUCCUUGUAUUCCCUUGUGUGUGAAUUUUUCAGGAUAAAUGUACCUUCCAAACAGUGGUCAGGGUGUGGGCUGCCAAGCCCUGACUUGAGACAGUAGCAGAGUUAAAGUUGCAGGGGCUGGACUCCUGCUUAAUCAUUGUCGGGCAUCCACCUCAUGCCAGUCAAGCCCCUGCUUCAGCUUCAUAUAGUGUAGGAGUCAUGUCCCUUGUAGUUGCCUCUUGCCACAUGUAGUGGAGUAUGGAGACAGUCUUAAAGUGUCAUCACCUUGAACUAACCAGCAGGUGUGCUGUGGCCACGUCCCCGACCAUCAUAUCUUCAGUAACUUUAAACAUUUAUUACCCCCCGAGUAAUGAUCCCAUAUCAGCGGGAUUGGCUGUGGUCAUCAUAUAACUUACUUGGCUUUCCCUCCAAUGAGUUUUCAGCUCCUGUGGAUUCCUAUUGCAUCCUACCAUGCUGGGUGGCUAAGGAGAUUAUUUAUAUUAAUGGAAUGAAUGGGUAUGACUCAGUUUAUCAAGAUAACCUUUGUUUGGGACUCUGCUUGUUCAGAGCUUGUGGGAGAUGGUAUUUCUGUUUGGUGUUCUUAGAGUUGACAGAGGCGAGUUCAGAAGUCCUGAAACACAGCUGUUGGGGCUGACCUGACUCGUCUCCAUCUAAUGUUAAGGAAACAUAAAGCUUAGGAAAACUUGUUGAUCUCAGGAUCAUUGGAAGACUAAUGUGCAGGAAACUUGCUGAACAAGACUAUGGCCAACAGAAGACUGAAGUAGUCAUCUGUUGGGCUUGUAUUGAUGAUUAAGUUCCAAAAUGAAUGGAGUUUUGUAGUGUAAAUUACCAUUAUAGAGGUGUUUAUUUGGGCUUUCAUAUUCAAUGUUAAGAAGACGUUGCUGUAUAUAACCCCAUUAUCCUAUCCCUUCAACAGAAAUAUAUGUUUUUAUACAUUA